UCCCCAUAUAUCCGGGAGCCUGUCAAGGGAAAGCUUGACACUCCACCUGCUCCAGCCUGUGAGACUUUAGGUGGCACAGUCUUUGCCCCGUACAGGAGGACACUAUACAGUGGCUGUGUGAGACAGCUUCCGAGGGGGGUUUUUCGUCAGCCUUUAUAUCGGUCCAGCUUUUGGGCGAUUCCCCUGCAUCGACCGCCUCUCCUGGUCAGCUGUGUGUUUUCGCCAAGGAGCUUUCCCGCUCCUUCGUGUCCAGUCGAACCGGUCACCUUUCGUUAGCAUUAUGUCGACCGCGGUUGCGCCUGCCCAGGCUGCUCCGCUGACUUCUCCGCGUAUGACCCGUGAUCUGAGUCCGAAAAAUUGCCCAACAUUGGCGCCUGCGACCUCAAGUAAUCAGACGAGUACCACGCCGCCGCGGCCGUCCGGUCCCUCUCGGGAUGUGUCUUCGGCCAAAAGCUCGCCUGCAGGAAAGAAGCCGACAUCACCGUCUUCGCAGGCCGGAUCCAAUGCUGCAAGGGUCAUCGUUAAAAAAGAACCUCCCUCCUCGCCCGCCAUGCAGACUCAUACACGACCUCGCCCCCGACGAUUGGACCUGUCUACUAGCCUCCCGAAUUCUGGAGGGUUGUCCGCCCGAGCUCCUGGCGGCCCUAUGACUGCCCGGGAAGGUGUCAACAUGCAGGAGGUCGGGAUCGCUUGCCUGUCUCCUGGCUUUCAAACGCACAAUCCAGCAAUGAGGGAGCAAUUGCAGCGGAGCCUAUCGGUUCGAGACCAACAGCGGUCAAUCAUCGAAUCGCGUCUACAGAAAUCUGCUAAGGAUGACGGGCCAGACGGGACAAAACCAUCUGAAGCAUUCGGUAUCCCCAGGGCCGGUGCAUCGAAGAGGAGGCCUCCACCUGGCCUCUCUAUCGUGCCUCCUUCAGCGGCUCAAUUCGCCAGCGAGCGUGUUAUCCAAUCUGCACCGUUGAACCAGACAUUCACAGGUCGACAUGAAGCGCAGCCAUUGACUCGUCACGUCGUCAAUCAAAGUCCAACUCUGGGCUCCACAUCGCACAUCCAUCAUGUUCCUGCUACUCAGACAAACAACCGCUUGCCACCGUUGUCUGACGUGUUUGGGUCUGACGCUCUCGGUGCCCGCGAUCGCGAGGUGAACCGGGGCCUAUACUACCCCACCGCGACCGCUACGAACCCGCCUCAAUCCAAUAAUUUACCUCCGAUACCUUCGCCCAGGAUCUCACGGGAUGCCGGACAACCUCCCAAGCGCCCCCGAGAAUACCGCUCUGCCGAGGAAGCCGUCCAGGAAUUGUCCGGCGGACGCGAGGAACUCUUGCCGCGCAUUGUACAUUACGGUGGCCACCAACCUCCGACCCCACCAUCUCCCCGUGUGACCAACGGGCCCCCGAAAUCCGGUGUACCUCAUGCGGAUGCUACGCCCAUGGCAAACGUGCACCCCCAGCAGCCAGCAUUGUAUGCAUCAGAGGGCACUGCUCGUCGCCGUUCGAGAAAUGAGUAUGAACAUGAACACGGAAGUCCACCGUUAGGCCACGGCCCCGACCCACAUUAUCGCCCUAAUCCGGCCUUGGCCUCUGGCGCCAGCGCCCCUCAUGGCCCAUUUGGUGCGGGGAGAGACUCCCCUGAGACCCAGCGUAGAAAGAAGGAAGAAUUUCUUAGUCUCUGCGCCCGUGCAUGGGAUCUUUUUCAUUCUUGAUUCACGAUCAACAUGUUUCGAGUUUUUUGAUGAAGUCUGACUCGGACGAUCGUUGUUCAUGUUCUUCCAGACCAUCUUCCAAGUCCUGGUAUGCGGUUGCCAGUGUGAUCCGGACUCGAGCUUUU